CUUUAUCAACAAGGUCGCUUAUGCCAGUUGGGUAGUGAAUUUUGUGAACUAGAAGUUUUUGCUAAGGUGUUACGAGCUUUAGAUAAAAGACACUUGCUUCAUCACUGUUUUCAAGCUCUGAUGGAUCAUGGAGUAAAAGUUGCUUCCGUACUGGCCUAUUCAUUCAGUAGAUGGUGCUCCUACAUAGCAGAAUCCGACUCUGAUGUAAAAGAUAAAGCAAUCCAGAUUGGUUUUGUUUUAGGAGGGUUCCUAUCAGAUGCUGGCUGGUACAGUGACGCUGAGAAAGUGUUUAAUUCCUGCCAUCAGUUAUGUGCCCUUCAUGAUGAGAUGCCUCAUUGGUGUCGUGCAGUAGAAUGUUGUGUAAGGUUGUUGCAUGUUCGAAAUGGCAACUGCAAAUACCACUUGGGAGAAGAAACAUUCAAACAAGCUCAAUCUUAUAUGGACAAACUUGCAAAACAUGGUCAAAAGGCAAACAAAGCAGCACUUUAUGGGGAGUUGUGUGCACUGCUCUUUGCAAAGAGCCAUUAUGAUGAGGCUUACAAGUGGUGUAUAGAAGCUAUGAAGGAGAUCAAAGUUGGCUUGCCAGUAAAAGUAGUGGUGGAUGUCUUAAGACAGGCAUCAAAGGCUUGUGUUGUAAAACGUGAAUUUAAGAAAGCUGAACAGUUAAUAAAACAUGCAGUAUAUCUAGCACGGGAGCAUUUUGGAGCCAAACACCCAAAAUAUUCAGACACUCUCUUAGACUAUGGAUUUUACUUGCUCAACGUAGAUAAUAUAUGUCAGUCUGUUGCAAUCUAUCAGACAGCUCUUGAUAUCCGACAGUCAGUGUUUGGAGGUAAAAACAUCCAUGUAGCUACAGCUCAUGAAGACUUGGCUUAUUCUUCUUACGUUCACCAGUAUAGUUCUGGAAAAUUUGACAAUGCACUAUUCCAUGCUGAACGUGCUAUUGGCAUUAUCACGCACAUUCUUCCUGAAGAUCAUCUUCUCUUGGCCUCUUCCAAGAGAGUUAAAGCACUUAUCCUGGAGGAGAUUGCUAUUGACUGUCACAAUAAGGAAACAGAGCAGAGGUUACUUCAAGAAGCUCAUGAUUUGCACCUGUCUUCACUCCAGUUAGCUAAAAAAGCCUUUGGGGAAUUUAAUGUACAGACAGCAAAACACUAUGGCAACCUGGGCAGACUUUAUCAGUCAAUGAGAAAAUUUAAGGAAGCAGAAGAAAUGCACAUCAAAGCAAUUCAGAUUAAGGAGCAACUUCUUGGUCAAGAAGAUUAUGAAGUCGCCCUGUCAGUGGGACAUCUAGCGUCUCUCUAUAACUAUGACAUGAAUCAAUAUGAAAAUGCAGAAAAGCUUUAUCUGAGAUCAAUAGCAAUCGGAAAGAAGCUUUUUGGAGAAGGUUACAGUGGACUAGAAUAUGAUUAUAGAGGUCUCAUUAAACUGUACAAUUCCAUUGGCAAUUAUGAGAAAGUAUUUGAGUACCACAAUAUUUUGGCCAGUUGGAACCGUUUGCGGGAUCGGCAGUUCUCAGUGACAGAUGCUCUGGAGGAUGUAAGCACCAGCCCUCAAUCCACUGAAGAAGUAGUCCAGUCUUUUCUGAUGUCUCAGAACAUCGAUGGACAGAAUAGCUAGAGAACUUGGUCAAUUAACCAAUUAAGGGUUUUUUUUUUCCCUCCCAGAUUACAAGGGGAAUUCAUACUGUGAAAUCUAAACCAUGUAGUUUUCUGGGGGCUGGGAUUUGCAUUGAAACACUGGUCCAGUCCAUUGAAGAGUGCCCAUACAGAUGAAUGAGUUAAAUUCUUAUCAGCAUGUGUAUGGCAUGUUUAGUUUGGCUCUGUGAAUACCAAACACCAGAACCCCUCCCCUCUUCUUUUGCAAAAGAAGCUACUUUGCAGGAAAUCUGCAAAAAACCUAAACAAAAACACCCUUAGUUACAACUUUUAAGAGUUCAAAAGAGCUUCAUUCUUAUUAUGAAAGGAAGGUUUCAGCAAAAAAAUUCUUCCAACAAGUAAAAGUAAUAAAUACUCUAUUGUAAGAAUUGAAAAAGGUGUUUAUACUUUAUGCAUUGUAGCAGAGCUAAUGACAAAUAUUAACAAAAGAGGAAAUGCCCUAGCUUUGUUUGCUGCCUUAUGAAGAAAAGUGGCAAAGAACCACUCCAGAAAGAAAUGUGUGUCUUGUGAACCACGCUAG